AUGUCGGGUUCGCCCACGUCAGUCUCCUCCCCGGAGGACCCCGCCGAGAACACGGCGGAUGAAGAAGACUCCGAAGAUUACUGCAAAGGAGGCUACCAUCCCGUCACGGUUGGGGAGUCGUUCAAGGAUGGGAAAUACAUUGUGGUGCGCAAGUUAGGAUGGGGUCACUUCUCGACCGUAUGGCUAUCAAGAGACACCACUACCGGCAAACACGUCGCUCUCAAAGUCGUCAGAUCUGCCGCCCACUACACCGAGACAGCCAUCGACGAGAUCAAGCUUCUCAACAAGAUCGUCCAAGCGAACCCAAACCACCCAGGUCGCAAACAUGUCGUUAGUCUGCUGGACUCGUUCGAGCACAAGGGGCCAAACGGUACCCAUGUGUGCAUGGUGUUCGAGGUGCUGGGCGAAAACUUGCUUGGUUUGAUCAAGAAGUGGAAUCACCGGGGCAUCCCAAUGCCACUCGUCAAGCAGAUCACUAAACAAGUUCUCUUGGGACUCGACUACCUGCACCGGGAAUGCGGCAUCAUCCAUACCGACUUGAAGCCCGAAAAUGUCUUGAUUGAGAUUGGGGACGUGGAGAAGAUUGUUCAAAAGGUGGUCAGCUCCGACGCCGGCGAGAAGGAGAACAACAGGAAUGGACGUCGGAGGCGUAGGACGCUUAUUACUGGCAGCCAGCCUUUACCCUCGCCGCUGAACGCUAGUUUCGAUCGCGGUUCGAUUUUCCCCUCGCCUGGGGCGCCAAGUCUUGGCCAAAUGCUUCAUGAUGCCGACUCAAAAUCAAAGGAGCCAUCUCCUAAACGGGACAAGGAAACCGGAGAGGACAGGCAGGGCCAACGAGAGAAAACCGCUGAUAUCUUGACUAAGGAAGUCUCGGGUAUCUCGUUGGACAAAGCCACGCCUCUGUCAACGGCAGGUGAAAAGCGCAAGGCCGAUGAUAUGCAGUAUGACAUUAUUAGUGUCAAGAUUGCGGAUCUAGGCAAUGCGUGCUGGGUCAAUCACCACUUCACCAAUGACAUCCAGACUCGCCAAUAUCGAUCCCCAGAAGUCAUUCUGGGCGCCAAGUGGGGGGCUAGCACAGAUGUCUGGAGUAUGGCGGCCAUGGUCUUUGAGCUUAUUACGGGCGAUUAUCUAUUUGAUCCCCAGUCGGGAACCAAAUAUGGAAAGGACGAUGACCAUAUCGCUCAGAUUAUUGAACUUUUAGGCCAGUUCCCCAAGUCGCUGUGCCUCUCGGGCAAGUGGUCACAGGAGAUCUUCAAUAGGCGCGGUGAGCUCCGCAACAUCCACAGGCUACGCCACUGGGCUCUUCCAGACGUACUCAAGGAGAAGUACCACUUUAAGGAAGAGGACGCGAAGAAGAUUGCCGACUUUUUAACCCCGCUGCUGGAACUCACGCCGGAAAAGAGAGCAAAUGCUGGCGGGAUGGCGAGCCACCCCUGGUUGGAGGACACACCGGGCAUGAAGGGGAUCAAGAUUGAGGGGGUCGAGGUUGGCAGCAGAGGAGAGGGAAUAGAGGGGUGGGCGACGGAAGUAAGAAAGCGGUAG